AUAAAUAUUCAUAGUUUAAGAUUUUAUAAUAGUUAUAUGUUACACAUUAUAAAAUUUACCUUAUGAUACAUAUUUUAUUGUUUUAAACCCUAUGUUACAUCAUUCAUCAUAAUUCUAUUCUAACCAAACAUUUUAUUUCACUUUCAAAACCUUUUCUGGUUUUUAUUUGAAAUUUAAUUUAAUGAUGUUAAAUUUAAUUAAAAUUACAUUUAGCGGAGUUGGGAUUCAGAAACUCUGUACCUAUGGUCUUGGUUUUAAACUCCAAGCCUUUUCACGAUCCCCUCCUUUUACCUUAUGUCCUCUACCACCUCUUAACUCUAACCUUUUAAAUAAAUCAUAUCCACUAACACAAUCAACGUAUUCUGAUCCGUCACUUAAUCAGUUAAAUUUAAACUUUAGUUUCCCAAAGCAAUUUUUAUUUAAGACCAAUUACAGGACAUUCUCAACCUCUGUUUCUAAGGAAGAAACUGUUCCUUCCUUUAGAAAUGAAAGGAAACAAAAGUUUUACUCACCUUAUAUGUUCGAGGAAGUUACUGCUCCCACGGGCGGAGGACCUCUUUACUGGAAGACGAGGAAGUUUUUGAUGAAUUUAAAGCGAAGGUUACUUUUAAGGGCAAGAGAGCGGAGAUGGAAUUGGGACAUUGGAAGGGCUUCCUUUGCUGGAGUUCCAAAACUUUCAUACGACCCCAAACUCAACCAAUGGGUAACUCUCAUGGAUAACGAGGAAUGGGGAGGUUUGGGAGGAAGAUUUUGGAUCCAGUUUUCCAACGUUGUUCUAUUUAACUUCCUCCUUGCUUUUCUCCUAUAUUUUUCAUGGUACAGGCUGGUAGCAAACAACAAACACAACGUAUUCGCUAGAUGGAUGAACCGCGAUGAAGACGAUGAAUAAUUUUAAAUACUCUAAUAAAUUCUUGUUGCUUUAUUUAACUAUGUUAUAAUAGUGAUGCUUAACUGUAUGUACUAGUUUGGUAUAAAUGUGUUCUCUUUUGAAUAUGUCUCAUGGUUGUUUCAAAGACAAAGAUUUAUAUAAAAUGUUCAUGGUUUGAGUGAUUAACACUUUAAUGUUAUACUAACUAG